AUGAGAAACGCUUCCAAUAAAUCACGGCCGUCCGAAUCUUCAUUCACUCGUCCCGAAUUUAUCUCGCCUGCCAUUCAUAACUCACAAACGGUUCCUUACCCUUUUUUGUCCUUCGAGAUAAGAGAGGGGGAGGGGGUAAGUCACCACCCGCCGGGUACUGCCUUUCCGCCGACCCUGUGCUCUGUGACUACUGAUGGCGUCCUAAUCCAUGCGGACACCUCGUGCAUCCAUUACCGUCUUGCAGGGACCGGCAUAACUCUCUCCGGGGACGAUAUAAUCGGAUUUAAAACAAGACGCCAGGGCUUGGCUGCAGCUCAGAUCUCUAAAUGCAACGCGGUCAGUGACUCGACUCCUACAGCCGCUAGGUCACUGCCAAGGUAUUUUUCGCCCAGUUUUCCCAAGCACAGUUUUCCCUUUCAACGGCUGGUGAAGGACCUCACACCACAUGUGGUCUCCGCUGUUUAA